AACAGAACCAUAAAAUUGUGGAUACUACCUCUUACCCAUUGCAAAAACUGGCAAAAAUAACGCUGGCUACGUAGUUUAUGUCCAUGAAAUGGACAUAGAGACGCUUUAAAAAAGCGGUAACGGAAAAUCGUUGCUGUGGCCAUUCUUUAGCUUCUUUUUGAUGGAUAUUAUUACAGAUUGCGAUAAUUUACAAGAUGCAUAAAUUCAAGAAAGCUCAAGCACAAAAUAAAUUAUCUAUUGAGAAACAUUUGGAAGCUAAUGCAUCAUUAAAUUCAUCAAGUGAAGAAGAAGAUGAAACAAACGAGGAAGAUGUUCAAAAUGUGGUGGACAAAAUAUUGUCUGCAUAUCAAGGACAAGGGAUAGAUGCAGAAAAAGUGAUAUCAUAUUUGGUUAAUUCUUUUCAAUCUAGCAGUGCAGUUUGCUUAAUAUGUAUAUCAACUGUAAAAAAAAUAGAUCAGAUAUGGAACUGCAAAAAAUGCUAUGCGUUUCUCCAUUUGUCUUGCAUCCUACAUUGGAUAAAUGACAGUUUGAGUUACAAACGGGCUAAAGGAAUUACUCCAAUUUGGGCAUGCCCUAAAUGUCGUAUGGAAUAUGGACAGAAUCAAAUCCCAAGAACAUAUGAAUGUUUCUGUGGAAAAACCAUAGAUCCUCCAUAUCAGCCAUGGGUGAUUCCACAUUCCUGUGGCGAGACUUGUGGCAAACUCCUUCAACCAGAAUGUGGCCACAAAUGUGUAUUGCUCUGUCAUCCUGGUCCGUGUCCACCAUGUGCCAAGAUGGUGACAGUAAAAUGUUACUGUGGUAAAUUUCCGGCACAGCCACGUCGCUGCAACGCCAAAAACUGGUGUUGUGGGAAUAUAUGUAACAAGAAAUACGAAUCGUGUACGCACAGUUGCAGCAAUUUAUGCCAUGCUGGAGAGUGUCCACCAUGUAUGGAAACAGUGUUGCUGAAAUGCCGUUGCAAAAAUAACCAGAAAGAAGGAAAAUGUUACGAAGAUGUAUGGAUCUGUGAGCAACCAUGCAACAGGAAAUUUUCCUGCAAUGUACAUACUUGCGAGAGCACUUGCCACUUGCCGGGCGAUUGCAGUAAUUGCCCCAUGGAGAAGAACAGAUGCUGUCCAUGUGGAAAGAAACGAUAUGAGGUUUCAUGUAGGCAGCAGCAAGUACCGACGUGCGGAGACACUUGCGAUAAGUUACUGGACUGUGGCUCGCACUACUGUAAUAUGAGAUGCCACAUGGAUCGCUGCGGCCAAUGCCUAGAAGUGGUAACAAAGACGUGCCGAUGUGGCACUUAUACGAAAGAGAUCGCUUGCGUAAAGGAGUUUCAUUGCAACAAAAAGUGCACACAGAUGCGCUUAUGUGGUCGACACCUGUGCAACAAAAAAUGUUGCGACUGCAUCUCGAAAAACGUGUCUAAUCUCUGCGAAAAAACGUGCGGCGAGACUCUCAAUUGCCGCAAGCACAAAUGCGCCGCACCUUGCCAUAGCGGCCCUUGUUACCCAUGCAACAGAAUGGAUGUCAUACAAUGUAGAUGCGGCAGCAGCAAGAUCACAGUGCCGUGUGGCACCAGAAAGAGAAUCCGACCGCCACCGUGCAACAAGUCUUGCAAGAUACCACCAACCUGUCACCACAGUAAACGAGAGACGCAUAAAUGCCACCAAGGCCCAUGUCCGCCAUGCAAGAAAGUUUGCGGUCUAACGUACAAGAGAUGCGGCCACAGCUGUCCAACCACUUGCCACACUAAAGUCUGGGUGAAGGUGAACGGAGUGAAGUCACAACCCAUUGGUCCCUGGGAGAAACAACAAAAGGAUGUUAUGCAGCUGAAGACCCUACCGUGUCCACCGUGCGAAGUCUCCGUGCCUGUGACUUGUUUGGGCGGUCAUGAGACGCGCCCUUGGCCAUGUCAUAUGUCGAGACCGAGUUCCUGCGGCAGAGUCUGCGGCCAACCAUUGCCAUGCACAAAUCAUGUCUGUGAAUUAACAUGCCAUAAAAUAGGGACCAUUAACGAGGCGAACGACACGAGUAGUAAUGGUACUCCGUGUAUGGAGUGCGAGAACGAGUGCCUCUUCCCGCGUCCGGAAGGUUGUACACACGUGUGUCCGCAACCUUGUCACCCGGUGCCGUGCAAACCGUGUAAGCAACUAGUGCGGAUUUCUUGUCAUUGCGGCAUUAGUACUUUGUAUAGACACUGUGUCGACUUGACGUCUGCAAGUGGCGAGAAACGCGACGAAUUAUUACGAUGUGGCAACCAAUGUCCGAAAAACUACCCAUGUGGCCAUCGUUGCAUCAACGAUUGUCAUCCUGGAACGUGCAAGAAUGGGGAAGAAUGCAAUAAGAAAAUCAGACUGUGGUGUAAAUGCAAGCGAAUCAAGAAGGACUUUGUUUGUUCGUUUAUUCAAAAGCGGCAGAUUAUUGUAGACUGUGACGAUGUGUGCGAAUCGUUGAGGAAUGAGAGGAACCAAGCGCAAGAGGCUAUGAUGGCGAAAAAGCGAGAGGCGGAAGAACUGCGUAAUCGUGAAGAGAUCGAGAAAUUCGAGAAGAAGUUCAAACCACGACGAAAGAGGAAGGAUAAGUAUGACAAUUUGAAGCAGUCGCAAGAGAACGCAGGAUACAAGCGUAAAAUCGUGUGGAUUUUAACAGUUGUCAUAGGUUUCAUAGGUAUAACAAUAGCUUACACGACUGCACCAAAUGUAAAUAUAUUUGAAAGCUGAUUCUUUGAGCUCAUCACGAAUUUAUAACAGUUUUGCAAUAAUGAUCAUUAUUGAUAAGUUAAAAAUGUAGUGAUAUGUAUGUGCACAGAUACUUGUCAUU